AUGAUCCUCCACUCCUUAUUUCUCUAUUGUGCGCUCGCCUCCGGAGGACUUGCUCGCGCGGUCACAGUGUACAGUCAGGUCCCUAUGGGCGUCACCCCGACCACCAGCGCAUCUAGUUCGACAUAUACUGGGGCCGCCGCUUACGACCCAACUGUUCUGAAUGCGCCAGCCUUGCCGAAUCCCUUGCCGCCCACGCAGUUUGGCAUUCAGCUAUCCACCAGUGCAAGCGAUGUUACUGCGUUAUCUAUACAGCUGAGCGGCGCGUUCCUUGGGUUUUCCAUCGAGAUGUCAGUUGUGGACCAAGUCUGUGAUUUCAGUUCGCUCCUGCAGGUCCCUUUUCUGAACCUGAUGGCGCUAUUGUCCGAACGCGCUGGUCGCGUCAACAUUCGUGUCGGUGGUAACACCCAGGAGACGGCUACUCUCGUGCAGAGUCUCCCAGAUAUGAAGAUGGUUGAGAAGCAAGAAACGGCAGGCAACAAUCCGACGGAGACACCGGCCCUAUUGUAUACACCAGACAUCCUCUACUUACUGUCGAACAUCUCUGCUCUUGUGAACACGAAGUGGUAUCUCGGUGUUCCGCUCAAUGAUACGUCCAACCUGCGGCUCGCCAUCGCAGAGUACGGUGAGCGUAUUCUCGGUGACAAUCUUCUCGGUUUGCAGGUUGGCAACGAGCCGGAUCUUUAUGCACGGCACGGGCAUCGGGCGUCGACAUACGGCCCGUAUGACUAUUUCGGCGAAUUCGGUCAAGUCGUCGCGGCAAUGCAGGCAGAUCCAAACAUUUCUGUGAGCAACAACCUCAUCGCACCGAACGUGGCUACAGGAGAUUGGACUCCGGAAGACGUCUGGAACACCGGCUUUAUUGAGGCGUACACGAACAGUAUACAUACGCUGACGGUAGAGCACUACCCUGACGACAACUGCGCGGCCAUAUAUUCUGGCUUCGGCCCGCCGAAGGACCCGCAGACGGAAUUCCCGAAUUACCUCACACACGCAGCGGGCAAGAGCAUCGUGGCGCCGUACCUGAACUCGAGCGCCAUCGCGCUCGCCGCGGGGAAGCCGUUCGUGAUGUUCGAGACCAACACUGCGUCGUGCGGUGGGUUUCCUGGCAUCAGCGACAGCCUUGGUGCGGCGCUGUGGGCAAUCGACUAUGGGCUGCAGAUGGCUGCGAGCAACUUCUCACAUGCGCUCUUGCAUGUUGGAGGACAGGACGUGUACUACAACCCUUUCACUCCGCCGCCCACGAACCAGUCCUCUUACCACCAAUGGACGAUCGGGCCCAUCUUCUACUCCGUGCUGGCUGUGUCUGAGACACUCGGGUCGACGAAUACGUCACGAGUCAUCGACUUGUACGCGAACGGGAACAACGACUACACUCCAGGCUACGCGAUCUACGAGAAUGGAGCGCUUGCACGCCUUGCGCUGCUCAAUUACAUGACGGAUCCAUCGGGUGCGAACGACUACAAUGCCACGGUGUCUUUCAGUGGCGGCGUGGCAGGCCAGCCGAGUGCCGUUCCCGCGCAGGUUUAUGUGAAGUACCUCCUGGCGCCGUCCGUCGGCGAGAAAUUCAACAUCACAUGGGCCGGACAGACCUUCGGCGGUCAGUUCUCCUCGGACGGCCGCCUGCAGGGUUCGCAGCACGUCGAGACGGUCCCGUGCGACCAGACGGCGAACACAUGCACCGUCACGGUUCCCGCGCCCGGGUUCGCGCUCGUGUUUAUGUCCAAUAGCGCGUUGGGAGAGUCCACGCCGACGAGCACCAUAACGUUCGCGACGACGGCCACGGCGGCGGGACAGCGCGGCACGCAGGUGGCGGGUGUCGACCCGAGUGUGCUGGCGACCUCGAACGGGCACGGAGGUCAGGACUUUGGACUUGGGAGCACGAGCAAGGGACGGAGCAGCGCGGGGGACAGGGCGGCUGGCGUGUACCCAAGCGGCGCUGUACUGGUUGCUGUCAUCGCGGGCGUGGCGACCAUCUUGCGGGCAUUUGCUCACCAGGAGUUGUAA